CGCGUUUGCACGUUGAACAAGACGGUACGGUACGGAUCGAUCAGCAGGUGAACAAACGAAACGAAACACAACUCAUCGAAGAUAUCGCAUCAGCAUCGGCAUCGUAGUCGCUAAUCGAGAAAAUGCCUGCUAUUUUGGCACGUGAUCUAUGACAGCUUUUAAUGUGAAGGCCCUACGAUUGUGCGAUUUGUUUGAUCUUCGAAAAGGAAAAUAAUAAUAAAAAAAAAUACGAGUAUACAGAACCGUUUGUUGGAGUUUGUGUGUGUGUAUCGGAAAAGAGUGGAAAUAAUCGUAAAAAUAACUCAACUCAAGUCGUUUCCAUUCUAAAUUACGAGUUGACAGACGCAAGUGGCUAAACAGCCCAAGGAGCUGUCUCUCUGCCUCCGACACAAAAAUACUUACUGCUCAAAAGGAGAGCGGCGGCCUUGACUAAAAGCGGACGGACAAACUUUUGUGGCCCCUCCACUGCCAUACGUACAAAUAUAUAGUCGUACCAUCCCAACCCACAGACCUGCUGAGAUUGUGACGAUGAAUUGGACGCGCGUGCUGCUAAUCGGGUUGACCGCCUUGGCGCUGACAUUCGUAGAGGUUGCAUCACUCUCACUGGAUCCAGUUGCCUCCGCCGAACUCGAACAGUUCAUACGAAAAGGCGAUGUUGUCAUAUCCACCCGACACAUAAGACCACGUCGGAAGCUGCACAUUUCCAUAGAAGCCCUCUUUAUGAUCGAUUUCCCCAUGCUGAAGCACAAGAUGUCCUUCUUUUUGGACCGCAAACAGCAGCGGGUUACACUGGACAUUAGUGCGAAUGGAGCCACCGAGUCGCGUAACUUUGAGAUACCCAACAUCAACGAGACGAGUACUAUACGAUCGUUGGCCCUACAGUUCGCCAAGAACCGCAUCACCCUCUUUGUGGACUGCAAGGCGAGCACGCAUCAUGACAUCGAAAUGAAUCUGGCCAAGCUCUACAUACAAAUGGAUGAUCCAGUGAUCAAGCUGUUCCGUGAGCGUAAAUAUCCCUUGCACUUUGAUGCGGACAUGGAGCACUCCCUGCAGCGGGCCAAUUGCCAGAAAGGUCUGCAUCGUCGGGGCAAUCGACGCAUGCUGCGGAACAAGAUCACGGAACGUGAGAAGAACAAGAAGCGCGAUGUGCGCGGCUGGUACGAGCCAACCAUCUCCCGGGAAGGAGUCACAGAUCAUCGACACCAGGAGGUGCCAACGGACGUUGAGCGUGGAGAUAUACCCAUUCUGCAUGGCGAUUGUGAAGACGCCCUCGCACGAUCAUUGAGCGAUUUACUGGCUUUGGUUAAGCUGCUCCGUGAAGACGUCGCCCACCAGCGCCAGGAGAUUGCCUACCUGCGUAUGCUCUUGGAGAACUGUGCCGGCUGCAAGAAUCCCCUAUCCGGGGAUAAUCAGCUGCGACUGGAGCCCACUUGUCGCACGGCGAAUCCUUGUUAUCGCGGUGUCGACUGUCUGGAUUCGGCCGCUGGCCCAAGGUGUGGCCGUUGUCCUGCCGGCUUGAUUGGCGAUGGCAAGAUCUGCAAGCCGGGCGUCACCUGCGCCAACUUCCAAUGCUAUCCAGGCGUUCAGUGUCACGAUACCGUGAACGGAGCCCAGUGUGACUCCUGUCCGGUUGGUUACGAAGGUGAUGGACGCACAUGUUCUCUACGUAAUCCUUGCCUGGACACACCAUGCCCCUCAGGUGCCCAAUGCCUGAGAAUAGGCUUUCCGCCCUACUUCCAAUGCAUCUCCUGUCCAAAGGGUCACCAGAUCAACGGCACCAGCUGCCGCGACGUGGAUGAGUGUGCCAUCUAUCAGCCCUGUGAUGAUCUCACUGUCUGCCACAAUCUCAAUCCGGGCUUCAAGUGUACGCCCUGUCCGAGCGGCUUUGAUGGCGUCCAUGCUCAUGGCUAUUUUGCGGACCAUCUGUCGGUGGAGUACAGAAAGCAGACCUGCCUGGACACCGACGAGUGCCAGUCGGGCUACUUUAGUUGUCCGCUUCACGCCACCUGCAUCAAUGAGAUUGGCUCGUACCGGUGCCAAUGCAAUGAUGGCUUUGUCACCAAUGGCACCUACAGCUGCCUGGACAGAUCCUCCGUGGCUGUGUGCCCGGAUGGACGCAUCUGUGACAGGAAUGCCGUCUGCGUGUACUCCGACAGCGUGCACUAUCAGUGCCGCUGUACCGUUGGCUGGGCGGGCAAUGGCCUGAUCUGUGGACAGGAUCGAGAUCUCGAUGGUUGGCCAGACCAGUCGCUCGCCUGUCCCGAGCUCCACUGCCAGCGCGACAAUUGCCCGGAUCUGCCCAAUUCCGGGCAGGAGGAUGCUGAUCUGGACGGCCAUGGCGAUGGCUGUGACGACGACGCCGAUGGGGAUCAGGUGCAGAACAACAAGGACAAUUGUCCGCUUGCCUACAACACCGAGCAGCUGGACGCCGACGGGGACGGUGUGGGCGAUGUGUGCGACAAUUGUGGACACAAGUUCAAUCCGCGGCAGCUGGAUGCUGACGGGGAUGGUUUGGGCAAUGCCUGCGACGAGGAUAUCGACAACGAUUCCAUUCCGAAUGAGGUGGACAAUUGCCCUCUGUUGAGGAAUCCCAAUCAGUCGGAUGUGGACAACGAUGGGGUGGGCGAUGUCUGCGACAAUUGCCCCACGAUACCCAAUCCCAUGCAGGAGGAUCGGGACAUGGAUCUGGUGGGCGACGCCUGCGACAGUGGAAUCGAUGGGGACGAUGAUGGCAUCCAGGACUCCGAGGACAACUGCCCCAUGGUGAGCAAUUCGGAUCAGCUGGACACGGAUGGCGAUGGCAAGGGCGAUGCCUGCGACGAUGACAUCGAUGGCGAUGGUAUACCCAACUACAGGGACAACUGUCCGCUGGCCAAGAAUCCCAAGCAGCUGGACUUCAAUCGGAAUGGCAAGGGCGACAUCUGCGAGGAGGAUGAGGAUGUGGAUGGCAUCCCAAACAUCCUUGACAAUUGCCCCAACAAUUCCAUGAUCCAUCACACGGACUUUCGCUCGAUUCGAUCAGUACGCCUGGAUCCCGAGGGCGAAUCCCAGCUGGAUCCCAAUUGGGUGGUCCAUGCCAAUGGCACAGAGAUUGUCCAGACCCUAAACUCGGAUCCGGGCCUGGUCGUGGGCGACGAUGCCUUCGGCGGCGUUGACUUUGAGGGCACUUUCUAUGUGAACGAUGACACGGACGACGACUAUGCGGGCUUCAUCUUCAGCUACCAGAGCAAUCACAAAUUCUAUGUGGUCCAGUGGAAGAAGGGCUCACAGACUUAUUGGGAGUCGAAGCCAUUCAUUGCCUCCGCGGAGCCUGGCAUUCAGAUCAAGCUCAUAGAUAGCCACACGGGCCCGGGGUCUAUGAUGAGAAACAGCUUGUGGCGCGACAGUGACACGCCUGGGCAGGCGCGUGUGCUGUGGAAGGACCCGAGGAAUGUGGCCUGGAAGGAGAAGACCUCAUAUCGCUGGUCUCUGGUUCAUCGUCCAGCGAUCGGGCUGAUACGAUUGCAAAUGUACGAGGGCCAGAGUUUGGUCAUCGACUCGGGCAACAUCUACGAUUCCACGCUCAAGGGCGGACGUUUGGGCGUGUUCUGCUUCUCCCAGGAGAUGAUUAUAUGGUCGAAUCUAAAGUACAAAUGCAACAACCACGUCGACCCUCUGAUUUACAAGGAUCUGUCGGAUCACUUGAAGCUGAAGGUUGAGCUGCAGAACUGAUGGACUUAUCACCAGCCAUUGAAAGCUUACAUCUGCCAUGAAUUUUAACCAAAUUAACUAUGUAAAAUCUAUGUAAAACCUUAUGCAGUCUAUGUUAAUUAAAGAGUUUUUCGACAGAGUCG